UACUUCCCAAAACGACCCAAGCACAUGCUUAUAGUUGAAGCAAAGUUUGAUGGUGAACAGUUGGCUACUGAUCCCAUAGAGCAUACCGAUCAGCCAGAAUUUGCUACAGAAUUGGCUUGGGAACUUGAUAGGAAAGCACUUCAUCAGCACAGGCUGCAGCGUACACCUAUCAAACUGCAAUGUUUUGCGUUGGAUCGUGUAUCUUCAGCUAAAGAGAAUAUAGGCUAUAUUGUACUUGAUUUAAGGGCUGUGCAGGAAAAGAAACAGGCACCAAAAUGGUAUCCUCUGCUAAGUAACAAGUACACUAAAUUUAAAUCUGAAAUACAAGUAGGUCUUGUGUUGGAGAUUGACUCAAAAGCACUGGUUGAUGGUUUUAAAGCAAAGGAGGCACCCCCUAGAGAAGGCAAGGCAUCCGUCCUUCUUUCUGGACUAGACCCUAGAAGUAUUGUACCAGUCUUGAAUGAAGAAGAGGGCUAUCAUCAGAUUGGACCAGCAGAAUAUUGCAGAGACUACUUUGUCUUGUCUGUAACCAUUGCAUUUGCCACACAGUUAGAACAGUUAGUUCCUAGUACUAUGAAGCUUCCUGAGCGGCAGCCUGAGUUUUUUUUCUACUACUCGUUACUGGGAAAUGAUGUCACAAAUGAACCUUUCACUGAUUUAAUUAAUCCAAACUUUGAGCCAGAAAGAGCUUCAGUUCGAAUACGUAGUGCAGCUGAUGUCCUUCAAGUUUAUUUUUGUGCACAGUCAAAAUUGCAGAUCCAUCUUUGCUGUGGAGACCAGUCUCUUGGAAGCACUGAAAUACCCCUGUCUGGACUACUGAAGAAAGGAAAUGUGGAGAUUGAGCAACACCCUGUGGUGAUAGAAGGAGUAUUUGUCCUUGUUCCACCAAACAGAGCUAAGCAGAAACUGCCACAGUUGCCUUUGGAUAUGGCUCCUACUCUUGGGGUAUCUGUAACUUUGCAAAGGGAAAGCUUGAGUACCCAGCCUCUGAUUCCUGUAAAUGCUCCAACUGAACCUGAACAGCCACAGGAGAAAAUUCUUUCACCUGUUAGUGAAAAAACAGAGAGCCUGGAGCAGAGAUCCCAGAAAGUCCUGUCUCAAGCUGACCACUCUUCUCCAACAGAAAAUGAAGCAACAGAAAGUGAAGUGGAAAGUCUUAAGUUUGAAAAAGACACGAAACUAAAUAAAACAGGACUGGUCGCUGAGUCUGGCCAAGAGAUUAACAAACAGUGUACUGCAGAGCUUCCAGUUUUCAAAUCGCAGAGAGCAAAGUCACCUCUCUUGUCAGAUCUGCAAAAUUCCACUGAUAAUGUUCCAGUAGCCGCACAUCAGCCGAACCCUGCGAGUGUAUCCAGUUCUUCCAAGCCUGCAUCGUCACAGAAAAUUGUCAUUCCAGCAGCCUCUCACCAUUUCUGCUUUUCAAUAGACUUACGAAGUAUACGUGGUCUGGAAGUUGGUUUUCCAAUAAAUUGCAUUUUAAGGUACUCGUAUCCAUUUUUUGGCAGUGCAGCACCUAUUAUGACAAGCCCGCCUGUAGAAGUCAGAAAGAACAUGGAAGUCUUUCUUCCACAGUCCUACUGUGCGUUUGACUUCGCAACUAUACCUCAUCAGCUUCAAGAUACUUUCUUCAGAUUACCUCUGCUGGUUGAAUUGUGGCACAAGGAUAAAACAGCUAAAGAUUUACUUCUAGGGGUGGCGAGACUUCAGCUUUCAAAUGUUUUGGCUUCGGAAAAAACCCGGUUCUUGGGUGGUAAUGGUGAUCAAUGCUGGCGUCAGACUUGUAGUGAAACAGUCUUUGUCACAGCAGCACAGGG